GAGCUUUUUUUUUUUGAGGGAAUAAUACUGAGCUUUUUGAAGGUACUUAAAAGUUAAAACGGAAAAAAAAUGCCCAAAAAUGUAAUAACCACCAUUUUCAUUUAUCAGCGGCGUUCGUUUCGAUUUUCUCCAUGUCCUUCCCGGCGCCGCUCCGGCGCCGCUUCUCCACCCAAACCAACCACCUAGUCGGCCAAGUGCUGGCGGCGAUAAUCCAAAACAAACCCUUCACUACCUCCCCUCCACCCCACCACCGCACCUGGACUUCAGAAAGUGUAAUUCAAGUGCUAAGAUCAAUCCCAUUAUACCUCUUCCAAUCCCCAAGAUCAAUCGGCCGCCAAAAAACCUUCCGCCACCGCUCUCCGCUCCGGCAGAGAAAUCUCCGGCAAGAAACGCUCAAAUUCCAAAAAGGGGCUCUUGUUCUUGGCCCAGCUGCUCACAGGGACCCCAAAAGAUUGAAUCUUGGGCUCGAAAAAGCACUCGACUUUUACUAUUGGGUGGAAACGUAUUUUGGGUUUCAACACGAUGAACGAACUUGCAGAGAAAUGGCGCUCGUUUUGGCUAAAGGUAAUCGAAUGAAUUUAUUGUGGGAUUUCUUGAAAAAUAUGUCGGGAAGGUAUAAAAAAUUCAAUCUUGUUACUACUGUGACUAUGACUUGUUUGAUCAAGGCUUUGGGGGAGGAGGGUUUGGUGAAUGAGGCCAUGUCUGCAUUUUAUCGAAUGAAGCAGUUCCAUUGCAAACCCGAUAUUUAUGCUUACAACAAUGUGAUUUAUGCGCUUUGUAGAGUAGGGUUUUUCAAGAAAGCUAAGUUCUUAUUCGAGCAGAUGGAGCUGCCGGGGUUUAGAUGCCCGCCCGAUGUGUUCACUUACACGAUCUUGAUUAGCUCGUAUUGUAGGUAUGCGAUGGAGACGGGUUCUAGGAAGGCCAUAAGGAGGCGAGUGUGGGAGGCGAAUCACUUGUUUAGGUUGAUGAUCUUUAAGGGAUUUGUGCCGGAUGUGGUGACUUACAACUGCUUGAUUAAUGGCUGUUGCAAGACGGGUAGGGUAGGGAGGGCGUUGGAAUUGUUUGAGGAUAUGGAAAAGAGCGGGUGUGUGCCUAAUCAGGUUACUUACAAUUCUUUUAUUAGGUACUAUAGUGCUGUGAAUGAGGUUGAUCGGGGUGUUGAGAUGUUGAGGAGGAUGCAGGAGAGGGGUCAUGGUGUCCCAAGCUCGAGUAGUUACACGCCUAUUAUUCACACCCUUUGUGAGGUGGGGAGGUUGGCCGAGGCAGUGGGGUUUCUGGUGGAGUUGGUUGAGGGGGGAUCAGUUCCAAGGGAGUAUACUUGUAGAUUAAUUUGUAACGCGUUGGAUUCAGCAGGGGAGAUGGAUUUGGUGGAUGAGAAGCUGCGUAGGCACAUUGAGAGUGGGAUUGCAAACCGGAUUAGACAAGUGAUGAAGGUGAAGCCGGCUAUGAGAGUAGACAAGAACGUGGGGAGUGAGUCGGCUUCCAUGGAAUGAUGUUGAGUCGUGGAGAUGGUGGUUAUGUCAUCUAUCGGAGGGUGUUGGAAAAUUUCAAAUGUCAUGCAUUCUGCAUCGAAGUUAGUUAGUGUUGGGGAAAAGUGGAGAGAUGCUAGAGGAAAAAAGAGUUCUUGAAGUUUAAGAAACUAGGUGCGGAUAGAGGGGGCUUGAAUUUGGAUGCAUACUUCUCUAUUUUUUUGUUUUCUUGUAUUGUGUUUGUGGAAUAUGUAUGCAUCAUAAUUUACUAGGGUAAUGAGAAACAAAGAUUCCAUUUUUGCAGGAUGAAUUUUCUUUUAUAUCUCUUGAAAGGCUAUUUCACUUUA